AUGGAACAGGCCUCGAACGUUGGGGACACUCGAAAGCUCUACCGUCUGAUCCGCCAAGUUAGCGGUAAGCCCUCUACGCUGUGUGACUCUGUUCGCGAUGUGAACGGCGGCUUUAGUGCUGACAACUCGGCCAAAGUCGAGCGCUGGCGUGAGCACUUUGAGCACCAUCUCAACAUCGAUACCCAACCUACAUCGCCCUUGCUCUCCUCCUCAGCGGAGUUUCUUCCCUCUCCUACCUAUGCAGUGCCAUUCGAUCCCCCCUCCGAGGAAGAAGUCGCCGAUGCCAUACGAAAGUUGCACAACAAUAAGGCACCCGGAGAGGAUGGUAUACCCGCUAAAAUCUUCAAGUCUUGUGUCGACACUCUGGCGCCUUGGCUCCAUGAGAUGAUUGAACAAGCGUGGAGAGACGAGGUUGUUCCUGAUGACUGGGGCUUAGGCAUCCUUGUACCUAUCCUCAAGGAGGGAGAUAAGACGAGAUGCGAAAACUACCGCGGCAUAAGUCUCAUCGACGUUGCUGCGAAGCUCUUCGCUAUUGUCCUACUCAGGUGA